AUGGCGUGGGCGUACAACACGCCCGACGGCACGCCAAACAAUGGACCGACCAUUGCUGCCGUUGCUCUGAGCGUGACGAGCUUGGCUUUCAUCGCGCUCUGCUUGAGGAUGUACGUGCGGACGAGGAUUGCAAAAGCCGUUGGUCUAGACGACUGGCUGAUUAUUGCGAGCUGGAUUGGAGCCUGUGGUUACACUUUGGCAACCGUCGUCCAGACGAAAUGGGGGCUUGGGCUGAUUGAGCUGGACUCAAUGCCAGACGAAAACGUCCUCAACUUUGGAAAAACGCAAUAUAUCGGGGCACCGUUUUACGUUCUCGGCAUCUGGGGCUUCAAGACUAGCCUUCUCGUAUCAUAUGUCCGGUUGGUUCCUGGCACAUAUCGACUGAUACCUAUUUCGAUUGCCGUGAUUGUUACCAUGGCGCAUAUCGCAUUUUUGCUCGUCUUUCUCUUUCUGUGCAUCCCGGUCGAGAAGCAAUGGGAGCCUCUCAUCCCCGGACACUGCGCCGACGCUGUCCCCUUCUACCUAACAUUCUCCUCUCUCACCAUCAUCUUCGACGUAACGACGCUCAUCCUCCCCUUCCCCGUCCUCCUCAAGCUCCAGAUGAAGAUCCGCCGCAAAGUCGCCCUCCUAUGCCUCUUCGCCCUCGGCCUAUUUGUGACGAUUGUCCAAAUCAUCCGCAUCCAGACGAUCCGCAACCUGGAAAACUACCUCGACUCCGCCGAAGCAAUCAAGUGGUCCAUUGUCGAGACCGCGGUCGGCAUCAUCAUUGCGUGCGUCCCCACGCUCGCGCCGCUCAUCACAUACUUUUCCGAAAAGACGCGCAACAGCGGAGGAGGAGGAGCAGGAGGAGACGGGACCAGUACCAGCGGGAUCGGA